GGCUGGAAUUCGGGGAGGAAUGAUUCUCCACCAAGCUGUAGUUUAGGUGUCAAGAUUUGCUUCUUUGCCCUCUUUACAGACGACAGAGAGAUGGCCUCGGCACAUGACAGAGCUGUACUCCAGGCUAUAUUCAACCCCACCACCCCCUUCGGUGACAUCCCUGGCCUGAACCAAGAGGAGGAAUUAAUUGAUGACGACAGUGGCUUUGACGCAGAGUUGCUGAGGCAAGUGAAAGAGUUGGAGAUUCGGGGUGUCUCGGCAGCAGAGGCUGGGGAUUUGCAAGCCGCACUUCAACUGUUCAGCCAGGCAAUCCAGAUCCUGCCUCAGCGAGCCUCAGCCUAUAACAAUCGGGCACAGGCCCUGAGGCUGCAGGGGAACGCAGCAGGGGCCCUGGGGGACCUGGACCGAGCCAUCUCUCUGAGCGGCGGCGCCAGACGAACUGCCUGCCAGGCGCUGGUGCAGAGGGGCCUUCUACAUAGAUUGGAGUGCAGGGGCGAUGAAGCCAGAGCAGAUUUUGAGAAAGCGGCUGCACUGGGAAGUGAAUUUGCUCGACAGCAGGCCGUGGCUCUCAAUCCGUACGCAGCUCUGUGCAACAAAAUGCUGUCAGAGGUGAUCAACAAACUACGAAACCCAGAAGUGUCCCAGAUGCUGUAGUUGAUGGUUCGUUGCUGUUAUGCAGUCUGUGGUUAAUAAAAUAACAUUUUUAAGCUUUUAA